GCCACUGCCGUCGGGGAAGGUCCCAGCGCGGUCAUGGCCUCGCGAGGUGCCCGCCCCGGCCCAAGCCCUCAGCACCCCGCGCAGUAGCCCCGAGGAGAGGCGGCCUGGACGUGGCGGACGGCUAGGCGGGCAGCAUGGAGGAGGCGCACCUGCUCCCGGCUGCCGACGUGCUGCGCCGCUUCUCGGUGACAGCCGAGGGCGGCUUGAGCCCGGAGCAGGUGACUGACGCGCGGGAGCGCUACGGCCCCAACGAGCUCCCUACUGAGGAAGGGAAGUCCCUGUGGGAGCUGGUGCUGGAGCAGUUUGAUGACCUCUUGGUACGCAUCCUGCUGCUGGCAGCCCUGGUCUCCUUUGUCCUGGCCUGGUUCGAGGAGGGUGAAGAGACCACAACAGCCUUUGUGGAGCCCCUAGUCAUCAUGCUGAUCCUCGUGGCCAAUGCGAUCGUGGGAGUGUGGCAGGAGCGCAAUGCUGAGAGUGCCAUUGAGGCCUUGAAGGAGUAUGAGCCUGAGAUGGGUAAGGUGAUCCGCUCUGACCGCAAGGGUGUGCAGAGGAUCCGAGCCCGGGACAUCGUCCCUGGGGACAUUGUGGAAGUGGCAGUGGGAGACAAGGUCCCUGCUGACCUCCGCCUCAUUGAGAUCAAGUCCACCACCCUUCGAGUGGACCAGUCCAUCCUGACAGGGGAGUCUGUGUCUGUGACCAAGCACACAGACGCCAUCCCGGACCCCAGAGCCGUGAACCAGGACAAGAAGAACAUGCUGUUUUCUGGCACCAAUAUUGCAUCAGGCAAAGCCCUGGGUGUGGCCGUGGCCACAGGCCUGCACACAGAGCUGGGCAAGAUUCGGAGCCAGAUGGCGGCUGUGGAACCUGAGAGGACGCCACUGCAGCGCAAGCUGGAUGAGUUUGGGAGGCAGCUGUCCCAUGCCAUCUCUGUGAUCUGUGUGGCUGUGUGGGUCAUCAACAUCGGCCACUUUGCUGACCCAGCCCACGGUGGAUCCUGGCUCCGUGGUGCAGUCUACUACUUCAAGAUUGCUGUGGCCCUGGCUGUGGCUGCUAUUCCCGAGGGCCUCCCAGCAGUCAUCACUACAUGCCUGGCACUGGGCACAAGGCGUAUGGCACGCAAGAAUGCCAUUGUGCGGAGCCUGCCCUCUGUGGAGACCCUGGGCUGCACCUCAGUCAUCUGCUCUGACAAGACAGGGACGCUCACCACCAAUCAGAUGUCUGUCUGCAGGAUGUUCGUGGUAGCUGAAGCAGAGGCAGGCUCCUGUCGUUUGCAUGAAUUCACCAUCUCGGGUACCACAUAUACCCCAGAGGGCGAAGUGCGACAAGGGGAGCAGCCUGUGCGUUGUGGGCAGUUUGAUGGACUUGUGGAGCUAGCGACCAUCUGUGCCCUUUGCAAUGAUUCAGCACUGGACUACAAUGAGGCCAAGGGCGUAUACGAGAAGGUAGGAGAGGCCACGGAGACAGCCCUGACUUGCCUGGUAGAGAAGAUGAAUGUGUUUGACACGGACCUGGCUGCAUUGUCCCGGGUGGAGCGCGCUGGCGCCUGCAACUCGGUCAUCAAGCAACUCAUGCGGAAGGAGUUUACCCUCGAGUUCUCCCGGGACCGGAAGUCCAUGUCUGUGUACUGCACACCUACUCGUUCUGACCCCAAGGUCCAGGGCAGCAAGAUGUUCGUGAAGGGAGCUCCAGAGAGUGUAAUUGAGCGCUGUAGCUUAGUCCGAGUGGGGAGCCGAACAGUACCCCUGAACACCACCUCCAGAGAACAUAUUCUGGCCAAGAUCCGGGAUUGGGGCUCAGGCUCUGACACACUGCGCUGCUUAGCCUUGGCCACCAGGGACACGCCCCCAAGGAAGGAGGACAUGCGAUUGGAUGACUGCAGUCAGUUUGUACAGUACGAGACAGACCUGACCUUCGUGGGCUGUGUGGGCAUGUUAGACCCACCGAGACCAGAGGUGGCUGCCUGUAUCACACGCUGCUCCCGGGCGGGCAUUCGGGUCGUCAUGAUCACAGGAGACAACAAAGGCACAGCUGUGGCCAUCUGCCGUCGACUUGGCAUCUUUGGGGACACAGAGGACGUGCUGGGCAAGGCCUACACAGGCCGUGAAUUUGAUGACCUCAGCCCGGAGCAGCAGCGCCAUGCUUGCCGCACGGCCCGCUGCUUUGCGCGGGUGGAGCCCGCCCAUAAGUCUCGCAUCGUGGAGAACCUACAGUCCUUUAACGAGAUCACUGCCAUGACUGGCGAUGGGGUGAAUGAUGCACCAGCCCUGAAGAAGGCAGAGAUUGGCAUCGCCAUGGGCUCAGGCACCGCUGUGGCCAAGUCAGCAGCAGAGAUGGUACUGUCCGAUGACAACUUUGCCUCCAUUGUGGCCGCAGUGGAGGAGGGCCGGGCCAUCUACAACAACAUGAAGCAAUUCAUCCGCUACCUCAUCUCCUCCAAUGUUGGCGAGGUUGUCUGCCAUGGUCUUCCCUCUUCAUCACUUCUCAACCUUGAGACCCAUAAGACCGGAGAAGCAGCUUCACCACAGGGCAACAGGGUGUCUACGUGUAUGCAUGCAUUGAUCUGUGUGUGUAUGUAUAGUAUGUUCAGUAUCUUCCUCACAGCAAUUCUGGGCCUGCCCGAAGCCCUGAUCCCUGUGCAACUGCUCUGGGUGAACCUGGUGACAGAUGGCCUCCCUGCCACAGCACUUGGCUUCAACCCACCAGAUCUGGAUAUCAUGGAGAAGCUGCCUCGGAACCCCCGUGAGGCUCUCAUCAGUGGCUGGCUUUUUUUCCGGUAUUUGGCUAUUGGAGUGUAUGUAGGCCUGGCUACGGUGGCUGCCGCCACCUGGUGGUUCCUGUAUGAUGCUGAGGGACCUCAAGUCACCUUCUAUCAGCUGAGGAACUUCCUGAAGUGCUCUGAAGACAACCCACUCUUUGCUGGUAUCGACUGUGAGGUCUUUGAGUCCCGCUUCCCCACAACCAUGGCCUUAUCUGUGCUUGUGACCAUUGAAAUGUGCAACGCCCUCAACAGCGUCUCAGAGAACCAGUCACUGCUGCGCAUGCCACCCUGGCUGAACCCUUGGCUGCUGGGGGCUGUGGUCAUGUCCAUGGCCUUACACUUCCUCAUUCUUCUGGUGCCUCCCCUGCCUCUCAUUUUCCAGGUGACCCCACUGAGUGGCCGGCAGUGGGGGGUGGUGCUCCAGAUGUCUCUGCCCGUCAUCUUGCUGGACGAGGCCCUCAAGUAUCUGUCCAGGAAUCACAUGGAUGGUAUUCUCAGGACAAUUGUGCAGGCCUGGAGUAGGCAGCCACCGACCACUUCCAGGACCCCAUACCACACCGGAAAAAAAGGACCCGAAGUAAGUCCUGGGAUCCGAGAGGAGUCUCCGGUAUGGCCGUCAGACUGACAGUGUCCAAGCAUUCAUCCCCGUUCCCACCCCUGCCAACCACACUCAGCCACGUGUCUACUGGACCCUGUCGGACAUAACAAGAGUGACCACCUCUAGGCCCAAUCCCAGGUUCCUGUCUCCAUUUCCAUACCUCCCUGCAGCUCUGGCCCAGAAGUUGAGCCCAGGAGGGGCGGCUAAGAAGCCGGAGCUGGCUGCAGGGCCACCACAUAUUCCCCCACAGCUCUACAACCUUUUCCCUGCUUGGAGGCUGGACGUUUUGCUCACUUGGUAACUAGUGCCUCUGCCCUGAUGGAGGACUCACGGGCCUUCUUACGGACUCUGACCUCUUGCUUAGUUUGAGUCUGGAGCCUGAUCAGCUGUGGGAAAGAGGACUCAGAAGGGACCAUCUGGGCCCAGCUGUGACCACAAGGAGGGGCAGCCCCUUCCACUUGGCUCUGCCUCCACCAAGUCCACUUCUGAGAGCGGGAGCCUGUGUCUGUUUAUAUAUGUGCCGGCCCUAGGGGGUUGAGGGAUCACAGACAGAUAGGAACCCAAGAAGCAGGAGGAAGGGCUGGACCAGGACUCCCUUUCCCAGGAGGCAGCCUGGGCUAGCUGACGGGGCUCAGGCCUAUUCCCACUUCUCGGCUCACUGCCUCGGCUCAGGUUGGCUCGGGGUGACCUGGUCUGUAAAGCAGAGGCCAGCUUGACUGUCCAUGUCCCUGGUGCCUGAGACUCCAGACAUCCCUAGGUCCGUGUCAGCUUGUCCUGCUACCCAUGGUGGGAGGCCAUGUCACUUGCUGCCGGGCUGGGUGAUUCUGAAUCACCUGAACUGCUGGUGUUACUCUUCGCCUUUCUUUCCUCCCACCAUCCAUCUUUGAGUCAAAGAGGCAUCACUAGGAUGGAUGCUCCAUGAGGGACUGCCUACCCCUACCUCCCCACUGAAAGAAAGCAUCUCAUGGGGAUCUAUCAGAUGAACUGGUUUGGGUGUUACUUGGUUUUAUUUUUUUUUUCUGUUGUUGUUGUUGUUCCUCUUCUUCACACUGCUGUUGCCCCUUUGACAAAAACUAGCUAGGUGUCCCAGAAACCAGAGCAAGUGUCUGUCUGCGUGACUUAGCUCUUCCUUGAGUGUGUACAAUGUGAUUAUUUUAUAUGUAAAUCAAGAUUCACAUCACUGUCCU